AUGCUUUGUCCGGUUCUACGCUACGCCGGGUUCACAGCAUCAGCCGGGCAUUUGACUCGGCUUGCCUCGUGCAGAAGAGGGAAAGGAGUAAACCUGGCUAACGCUGUCUCAUUACGUCUGAGCACUGAAGCAGCUAUCCUGUAUCACAGUAUUUGCAUUUCGUACUUGCUUGAGAAAUCCAAAGACCCGCGUGAGGAAUAUAAUGAGGAUGUUCUGAUGGCGGCGACUAUUCUACGCUUCUACGAGCAAAUUGAGGCCCCCUCGAUAGGUCACUCUGAUACAUCUCUCAAUGCUAUCAAGUUCAUCGUUGAUACACAAGGGAUUAAGACUUUCUAUACAUACCAGAAUAUUCAGGGCCCUUCGCCCAAUCCCCACGUCUACUCUACACCGUCCCUCACCCUUCAUCAUUCAGCCUGCCUCAGUGCUUUAAGCCAAGAAAUUUGGAGUGCUUUUCUGCACCAGCGCUCGUUUGCGUUCCCUGUUUGCUCGAGCAAUAACUAUGGUCUUUGCGACAUAGCGACUGAAUUACAUAGCAACUGA